AUGUCAGUCAAAUACAGUGUUGAUUCUCCAAAUCUAUGUCUGUCUAUCUAUAUCUCUUUACUUCUCAAGAUUUUCAAUGUUGUUCUCUUUCUCUCUAUUUCUUUAUUUCUAUUUCUCUACCUCUCUAUCUCUAUUUCUCUACUGCUCUACACUUCUCACCUCUCUAUACCCCUCUACUGCUCUAUAUCUCCUAAUUACAUAUAUUUCUCUCUAUAUCUCUUUCUAUCCCUUUCGUUCACUCACUCACUCUAUCUAUCUAUCUAUCUCUAUAAUGCUUCUUUUCUCUUUCUCUCUCUUUUCCCUAUCUCUCUCUCUCUCUUUCUAUUUUACUCUCUCUAUAUAUCUCUCUCUAUCUCUCUCUGUAGUCUCUUUUCAUUGGCACGUCUCGUAUCUCCUUUCUUCACGACAGCAAUUGAUAUCCAAUACAAACACAAUAGCUGGGCCCCACUUUAA